UCCCACGGGCCACCCACCACCGCACGCGCGCAGCACGUGAGGCCGACCGCCGUUACCCGACGCGACCGCGUCCCACUCCCACACCCCGCCCGACGCCGGCGAUGCAGGCGGGAGUCGGCCACCGCGCCGCCAACGUGGGCUCCCCGUCACGCUCCAUCUUUCGGGGUCGGAGUGGCUUCCUUCUCCCCGGCCGCGCCCGCUUCUUCUCCGAAGGCGCGGCGGCGGCGCCACUCCGCGUUGGCUCCUUGCCCCAGCCGCGGGCCCAUGGCGGCGGCGGUUUCGCGCACCUCCAGGCCGUGGAUGGAGAGGCGGCGCCGCGGCUGCCGCGCGUCCUCCGGGGAAUCCUUCUCGAUCAUAGGAAAAUGGGUUGUCCUGACCUUCUAAAAGCUGCUCUACUUUCGACCAUGUCAUUACUUGCUGUACCACUUGAGGCAUCAGCCGAGACGUGCCAGCCACCGAAUUCUUUUGCCAAUAUGCCAAUUUUUAUUGCUGUGGCUCUAAUUGGAGCUGCUGUUGGUGGAUUGUUAGCACGCCAAAGAAAGGAAGAAUUGAAGCGACUGAAUAAUCAACUUCGCCAGAUCAAUACAGCACUUAGAAGGCAGGCACAGAUUGAGUCAUUUGCGCCUGGCCUUACUUAUGCACCUGUUGGGAGAACAACAGAAACUGAUGUUGUUGUUGACCCAAGGAAGCAGCAGCUGGUCACAAACCUGAGAAAUGGGAAGAAUUACAUGAGGAAUCAAGAACUUGAUAAGGCAGUAGCGGAGUUCAGGACAGCUCUGGAGCUUGCAGAGAGCAUUGGCGAUCGUUUCGAAGAAAAGAAAGCUGCGCGAGGAUUAGGUGCGUCGCUGCAAAGGCAGGGAAAAUACAGGGAAGCAAUGAGGCAGUACGCCAGGGUCCUGGAGCUGUCCAGGGAGACUGGCGAGGACUCCGGCUGCACGGAGGCGUACGGCGCCAUAGCCGACUGCUACGCCGAGCUGGGGGACCUGGAGCGAGCGGCCAAGGUGUACGACAAGUACAUAUCGCGGCUGCAGCCCGGCGAGUAAUAAAGCGGCCGCGGCCACACCCCAAAACUCUUUGCAGGCGAGACUGUGGGUUCCUUUUUCUGCCGGUUGAGUUUUGCUCGGCGCAAACGCGAGUAGUGAGUUUUUGUCCGUCUGUUGAAGAACUUCACUGCAUGGUUUCGAUUGUUCUGAGAAUGGCUUUGGUUCAUCUCCGUUUGUACAUGUACGGUUGAAUUUUUGCUAAAGAAAGUUUUCAGGGAUUGGAUUGCUCA